CUAACUCGAAAGCAAGAGAGGUUUAUAUUGAUUUGCUUUUCAAAUGCACUUUGGUUACGGAGCUUGGCGGCAUCUGGCCAAGCCCAAUUGAAGCCAUUGUCGGAGGCGAUUCACCUGGCCGUGUGGUUUGUCAAACCCCAACCACCCUCCACAACUGCAAGCUCACCCAUCAGCCAAAUCUAACUGCAACCAAGCCCACUUUCUACCAUUCAUUUUCACAAAUAACGAUUUCACUCAACGGCACAACUUGUAAAAUUAAUAAAGAGAACAAUUUGUAAGAUUUCAAGAAAUGAGAAAGAAAAUAUAGAAAAAAAAGGAAGAAAAAUCUCCAUGUUAUCCGUAUAAAAUCGAGCAAUGUCAAGAAAUUAAUUUAAAAAAAAAAAGAAUAAAGAAAAAAAAUACUGAAAGGUCGAAUAUGGGUGUGCGUAUAUGUAUAAAUAUUUUUUAUUCCUGCCUGCUCCUUCUCUGUUAGAGUUUCAAGUCAUUUGAUUUCUCUCUAGCUCUCAAUUUCCUGAGGGACUGAAUGGCAACGUCUAAAGAAGUUGAAGAUGCACCUAACACUACAUCCUCGCCGAAGAAGAUGUAUAAAGACCCAGAUGAUGGGCAACAGCGAUUUUUGCUUGAAUUGGAAUUCGUUCAGUGUCUUGCUAAUCCCACUUACAUUCACUAUUUGGCUCAAAACCGUUAUUUUGAAGAUGAAGCUUUCAUAGGCUACUUGAAAUAUCUUCAGUACUGGCAACAGCCAGAGUAUAUUAAAUUCAUAAUGUAUCCUCAUUGCCUCUUUUUCCUUGAACUUCUCCAAAAUGCGAACUUCCGCAAUUCAAUGGCACAUCCAGGCAGCAAGGAAUUAGCACAUAGGCAGCAAUUCUUUUUUUGGAAGAACUAUAGAAACAAUAGAUUAAAGCACAUCUUACCAAGAUCUCUUCCUGAAAUUGUUGAGGUGCCACCGGCUGCUGCUGCACCUCUGCCACCUGCACCACCUGUUCCAGCUGUGACUAUCCGUAUGACAGCUCCUCCUGCCCAAGCCCCUUCUCCUAUGCAUUACGGUAUUCCCUCAGGAUCUGCUCUCACAAAAAAUGAUAUGAGGAGUAAUAGCAUUGAUCGAAGAAAGAGAAAGUAUGUACAGUGAACUAUCUGUAGCUGAAUGAACUCUUUUUUUUCCCAGCUUCCCUGAUAAGAACUGCAGUAAUUGCUCAGAAGACCCUUCAAAUAUCAACUGUCUGAUGCAAUUUAGUUUGAUUAUUACAGGAAAGAAGGGUAAAUUGGCAUAUCAUGCCAUUUCAUGUAUUUGUGAUGAGAUAUAUUUGAUGAGGUAAUCAAUGUUUUGCCACUUGGAUAGUGAGAAUUAGGAGUUUGCAGUGAUUGUAUGUUUACAAAUAUUGAGACUGUAAGGAUUUCUAUAAUGAAGUCAGAAAUAAUAAUUAUUCUGGAAAUCAAAUCAUUUCAUUGGAUGA